AUGAGUGUACAUCCGACCUACUUCGACGACAACGGCCGCGCCGCACGUCUCAGGCCCAUCUACGCCCCUGACUUUAGCUUGCCUGUCGCGUUCCAGACAGUGUGGGGACAGGGAAUAAUUGCCAAGUGGUAUUAUGAGGCUCUGCAGGAUACUGCACGCCCGGAUAGGGAACAUCCGAUAAUGCUCGAGCUGUAUUGGCAGGAGAAGGUUCGCCGCGGAGAGUUUCCUGGCCCAGAUGAUGUAUCCCCUCUAGGCUUUGUGUUUCCGGCGCCAGCCUAUGUGCUGCAUUCGUUCAAUGAGGAAGCCACCGAGAUGGUCGAGCCUCACGGAGUGUGGAGCGUGACGAUGGAGGGGUCGAUACCGCACACACCCGAAACCGCGCGAAGCCACCGGCGGUUGCCACCAGGAGAGGUGCGGAUGUUGGAAGAGCUAAACGUCCCAAUAGGACCAAAACAGCAAGAGUUGGCUAUUCAUCCAAUCGCAAGCUGGGCACCGCCUGACAGCGUCGACCUUCGCCUGCUGGGAUCCUGUCCAGUCACUGCCAUCGAGAUGUUUACAUUCUUCCCGUACCAUGUGAAUUGGGAUGGGUUCUCGCGUCGCUUCUAUGAGCGCCCCGGCGGCUGGUCGAUCGGACAUAUGGGUCUCGCGAUGCUCCGUGCGCGUACCGUGACAGCACCCAAUAUCCUCGAGAACCACACGAGCUUCAUCGGCAAGAAGAUCCGUGGUCAGAAAGCGAAGGAAAACAUGUUCGACAAUCGUCCCGAGGCAAUCGACGUGACUUGUGCGACUUGGGCGCCACCGACUGUUGCACAGAAGAGUGUCGUUCCGAUAGACUAUUACCUGGCCGACCUCGCUACGGGAAUUCAUCGGUCAGACUUUCCUGUUGGCGAUGAUAAAGGGCCACUGACGUUUGCGAUCGAGUACGCUCUGGACCGUCCACGCGCUCCUAUCAAGCUGAGUGACUUUGAAUACUUGGUCUGGGCUGAAAAUCUAAAUGUGGAGGCGCCAAUUUCGUUAUGGACGGACGCGAUCAACAACGAGAUGGAUUCAAAGGCAGUUCUGCGGCACGCAGGGAACCUCGCCGGCUACCGCGCGGCUCAUCACAUGUCCAGGGUUCGGGGAGGAACGACUCAGACGGCUGACAGUACGGAGAAGUCAGGCAGUGGGGCGAAGUCCACGAAGAGCAAGUCUAAGAGCAAGCCUAAGCGCAAGUCUAAGAGCAAGUCUGAGAGCACUGGUGGGAGGGUCAAGCGGAUUGCAAAGAGUUAG